AUGGAAUCUACCAAGGAUAUUAUUAUUGUUGGUGCUGGUAUUUUUGGCUUAUCAACUGCGAUCGCGUUAGCAGAAAGAUAUGCAAAUCGCACAAUUCAUGUUGUCGACAGAUUUGAGCCGCCGGUACCCGACGGAAGCUCAGUAGAUACAACUAGGUGUAUUCGAUUUGAUUAUAAAGAUGAAACCUACUGCAGAUUGGCCCAUGAGUCAAUGAAUUUAAUUAAGGCAGACCCUAUGAUUUCUAAACUUUUCCAUCAGCAGGGAAUGACUUUUGUUUACGAUGGAAACCACGAUACUUGGGAAGAUAUAUUCUUAAGUAGCAAGAGUUCCGCUGAAAAAGUCAAUGAAAGGGAGGAGGGGAAGAUGGAUUAUUACGACUCUGCCGAAGAUGUUUUCCGAAGCAUUCAUAAUAGGAGUCCUAAUUCGGUAGAAACAACUGAAUUAGGAGGACCAAAAAAGUGGAACAAAGGAUACACUAACCGUGUGAAUGGCUUUAUUGAUGCUAGAGCAAGCAUAAAAGUAUAUUAUGAGCGUGCAAGAAAUUUUCCAAACGUUAAUUUUAGAUUUCAAGAGGUCGAAAAGAUAGACUACUUCAAGAAUACGAAGAAAGUGAAAGGUGUCUUAUUGAAAAAUGGAGACAAGAUUUCAGCCGACUUAGUUAUUGUUGCAGCUGGUGCUUGGAGCUGUAAGCUAGUUAACUUAGAUAAUAUUUCUAAGUCUAGCGCUAUUGAAGUAGUUUGGUUCAAAGUGACUCCCUCAAUGGAAAAGGAAUGGAAGCAAAUGUCAAUAACCACAAACCUUUCAACAGGAAUAAAUAUCUUCCCUCCAUAUAAUGGAGAAAUUAAAGUCUUGAGGAGAUCAGCUGGCUACAAAAAUACAGUCGCUAUUGAAUCGCCGAGCCCGUUCUCCCGAGUAAAACAAGAAAUUUCAGUUCCCCGAACCAUUAUUGAUAGUCCAAAAGAUUGGAUUCCAGAAGAAGCAGAAAUUGAGAUUAGAGGAAAUUUGAAAGAAAUAAUGCCUUCUUUGUGCGAAUUACCAUUCGAUAGGACCAAACUAUGCUGGUUAACGCAGACUACAACCUCUAAUUUUAUAAUUGACUAUUAUCCUGAGGCUGAAAACGUUUUGGUUGCUACGGGUGGCUCUGCCCAUGCUUGGAAGUUUGUUCCAAUAAUAGGUGACAAAGUAGUUGAUUUUAUCGAAGGAAGGUUAGAAACAGAGCUAAUUAGAAAAUGGAGUUGGAAGGAAAAGCUAACAUCGACUGUUGAAAAUGAGAAUGCUCCCAGAAUGAAAGGGGAUCCGAAAGAAAUGAAAGAAUGUAUUAGGAAUGUAUAUGAUCUUUGA